AUGGUUAGCUUGUUUGACGAGGAACACCCACAACACUUCAACAAGCGCAGUUACGACAUGACGCGUCUUCACCCCAACAACCCCUACUACGGCCUCGCUGGUCAGGCUCCCGCCGUCGCUCCCAUCAAGAUCGAGGAAGGUGCUGCCCCUGUGAGUUAUACCCCCACAUAUGACAGCGAUUACGUCGAAAGCGAUCGCGACGACCGGCGACCAUCCAAGAUCCCAAAGAUCAACAAGGAUGGUGUGCCCCGUAAGCCACGCCAGCCUCGUCCCAAGCUACUCAAGUGGAGUGACAACGAUUGGAAGAACGUGGUCCUCGGUAUCGUCUGGGCCUGCGGUGAGACUGGCGUUCAGAUACCGUUCGACCAGGCUGCUCAGGUUGUCGGUGAGAGCUGUACUGCUGGCGCACUCCAGCAGGCUAUCUUGAAACUGCGCGGCAAACAGAUCGACGAGGGCUACAAGAUUCCAUCGUUGAGAAUGGCGUGGACGCGCAAGAACAAACGUGCAUCUUCUUCGGCGUCCAGUGCUAAUGCAAAGCCUCAGCAGACAACCGGUCAAGGUCAAGGUCAAGGCCUUACGACUCAGUCCCGUCCGUCUCUUAUCGUCAAGCUCAAGGCUCCACUUCUUACUGACAGGAACUGUCACGGUAAUGUCAUCAUCGGCAAGAACUACAUUCCACCCAUUGAGCCUCAGUUCUCCAUGGCUGAUGAUAUUCAUUCCACUGGUGGCCGAGGCAUCACCGUCGUCAGCGGUCUCCCGAACGUUCCCAGUGACUCCGGUCCUAAGUACCCUGAUAUCGUCAAGCAAGCCGUUCCAACUCAGUACAAGCGUGGCGCUGGCAUGGACUUCGACUUUGACAAGUAUAUCAAGAAGAUGGAGGCACAUAACUACGAGGAGGAUGUCAACGAUCAUGCUGAGUAUGACUUCGUCAGUAACGACUCGCAUGAGGAUCUGCUUGCGUCGUCCGAGGCUGAGCAAGCUGCCAUGAGUGGGUUCCCUCCUGAGAUGUCUUCUCCGUUGGACCAUACUUAUGAUUCUCCUUAUAGCUUCUUCUCCCAAGCCUCGUCCGGUAUUCACCCGUUGGCUUCAGCUUCCUCCUCGCAGCAAGGCUUCCAGGAAGCCUUUCCGCUACCAACUCAUCUAGACACCAGCCACUUUCAUGACUUCUUCGCACACGACGUAUUUCCCAACUGCGGAUAUGAGUACGAAUUCAACGCAGGACACUAG